AUGCAAGCUUUUAGAGAUGUAUUGGAUGAGUGUGGUUUUAUGGACCUUGGGUUUAUGGGAUCAAAGUUCACAUGGCAUAAGCAUUAUGAAAAUUUCACAGUAUGGGAGAGAUUAGAUAGGGCAGUGGCUAACAAUGAGUGGUUUUCUUUGUUUCCAGAUACACAAGUUCAUCAUCUUGAUGUUACCACUUCAGAUCAUAAGCCCUUGUUAAUCAAUCUAGAUGGAAUGGACUGUAAGCAACAGAGGCCUUUUCGUUUUGAGCAGAUGUGGAUGAGUGAACCGGGGUGUGGGGCAACAAUUGAAGCGGUAUGGCAGCAGGGAGGAGACGGUCAUAGGGGAGAGAGAGUGAUAAAAAAAGUGGAUAAAUGCGGGAAAAGCCUAACCAAAUGGAGUAAGACUUGUUUCCGGAAUGUGAGACGGGAGUUGGAACAAAAGAGGAAAAAACUAGCUCAGGCCGAGAGAGUAGUUUGCAGUGGGGGUUCAGUGUUACUGAUGAAGAAAUUGGAGAAAGAAAUAAAUGUACUCCUUGAUAAAGAGGCACAGAUGUGGGGGCAACAGGCUAAGGUGCAAUGGUUAAAAGAUGGGGACAGGAAUACGAGGUUUUUUCAUAGCAAAGCCUCACAACGAAGAAGGAAAAACUACAUCAAGGGGCUGUAUGAUAAUGAAGGCCAAUGGUGCACUAAUCCUAACCGAAUGGAGGAGAUUGUGUUGGAGUUUUACUAG